AAAUACCUUGAUGAAAUUGCUAAAAUUGUAGUCUCACUACACCGUGCUAAGUCGGAGAUUUCUGAUCAAGAUGUCAUCUUGUGCAUCCUUCGUGGAUUGCCGCCAGACUAUGGUUUUAUUAAGCAAAACAUUCGCACAAACAUUGGCACGGUUACUCUUGCUCAGGUUACAUCUUGGUUGAUUCAAGAAGAGUUAAACCUUCAAAUGGAACAAAAACUGCAAUUAAAAGAGUCCUCCACCACAGAUGUGCACACAGCCCUAUAUACCAACUCAAGUUUUCAUAGAGGCCGGGGAGGUCUCUUUCCAUACAGAGGACGUGGUGGUCGAGGAGGAGCCACUGGCCGGUCCUUUGCUGCUCAGAACAGUGGUCGUGGCUAGUCUAGUGGGAGAGCAUCUAGUCGUGGCUCGUACUCUGGUGGAAGGGGUCAUGCGUCUCGUGACUAUGUUAUUUGCGUUUUAUGCAAAUCAAUCCCCUACACCUAAUGAGAAUUGGUUUCUGAAUACAGGUGCUAAUACCGAUGUUACUCCGGAUUUGUCUCGUCUCUAUUCAUACUCUCCAUACUCUGGUAUUGAGAACGUCACCAGUGCAGGUGGUCACUCACUUCCUAUUGCUCAUGUUGGCUCAGAUUCUAGACAACUCCACUCAUUGGGUGAGGUACAAAGGCCGAUGUGAGCAAGGACUUUAUAUGUUGCCAUCCAAUUAUCAACAGUCACCGUCCUUUGAGUCGUCUCCCUCCAUCCGGUCUGCGGUUGUUACAGCUCAAGACUAGCAUCGCGGUUGGGACAUCCCUCGUUAGUAGUUACAAAUAAUUUACUCUCCUUUUUAGGAAUUUCUCCAUUAUCAAAUUUGCCUUCUUGUGACUCUUGUUCUGUUUCU